AUGAGUGAUGAAAGCCCUCAUAAGGGAAAGGGGAAAUGGAGAGCGCCCUUUUUGGCUGGACAAGAAUCAUCUAUCAAAAAAGAUGAUGUUGCACACAAUACGAUACUAUCCCAACCCCAAACUCCGUCUUCAGUGUUGUCAUCUAACGAUGGCUCGCCUAUCUCUGUUGCCUCAUCGUCUUCAAGAGGUCGAAACCCUCAAUCCCCUCCUCGUCUUCGAUAUCCAUCACGAUUGCAUUCACGAGAUCUUACCGCGAAUACGUUCCGCAUUUACCUCAAGCAUUACAUGGAUCAUGUGCCUCACACCAGCGCCCGGCGUAGAUCUCCUUCGAGCUGCAGAUCGGUGUCGCCUUCUCCGUUGCCGCGAAGCGGUCAGCGGAUGCACGCUGCCGCUGUACGUGAUCGACUGGCUUUUGAGACGCCCAGGAAGCUUGUACAGACCAGGCCCACGAGCCUCGCUAGUGAAGAACAAACCCCGCGCCCCGGGCGGGCCCUCACAGGUGUAACGGACCAGACACCCCGGCCCUCAAGGCUGUCGUCCAGAAUAAGCCGGUUGUCUGCAGGUACAGAUACAGAGGAUGAAGAUGGAGGUGGUGGCGAUGAAGCAGCCAGAAUCUGUGGCUUCACGCUUUCUCAUCUCCGACGCGUUCCGGAACUGGCGAUGCUCGCCCACCGCGUAGUAGACGCUGAGGGAAGGCGACGUGCCCGAGAGGAACGCAAACGCGCGAACGCGGGACCAAGCCAAAGCAAGGAAAGGGGCAGCAGGAAAUUGCAAGAGACGUCGCGAGAGUCGAAAGAUACAAAAGUGAAACGUCUCUUCCGCUUUGCCAUUCGCCAAUUAUAUGAGGAGGGAAGUAUUGUCAUCUGGGACGGGCCUGUACGGCCACUGCCCUUGCCUUCUCUGACUCAAGCCUGUGAUACGCUAUGGAGAACGAACGCCAGCACAAGCACCAUAUUCUCGACAACUAGCCCUGACACUCAAGUCGAGGACCACGAAGGAGAACUCAGCGAUCCUCCUCCUGGAGAAGAGGCAUAUAUUCCGUUGACGCCGGCCUACUUUGCUGGGGUCGUGGAACGCGCCAUUCUGGAUUUUAUGGCGCAUGCAGCUGUAUCCGCCCAGAAUCGCUCACGGGGACGUCCGACCUUUGAUCUCCAUGCAUGUCUCGAUGGUCCCCCAGCGCCACCCCCAGGUCCAACGUGCGCAGAGAUCCUUGCAUGGUUACGCCGUGAUGCACGCUGGGCUCGUGUCGGUGAUUGGGCUAUAGAGGAGACUCUUGAGUGGGCCAAGACAGAGGGAAGGGUGUGGUGCAUCGGUAACGGAAGAUGGGAGGUUUGCGCUUGA